GCGAGCAGACUACAACCUUUUGACGGGAUCCAUCCCGGCUGCUAUUGGCAGGCUCACUAACCUAACCCAGCUUUCCCUUGCCUUCAACAGCCUGAGCGGAUCCAUCCCAUCAUCUAUAGGCCUGCUCAAGCAGCUCAGAAUAAUUGACCUGCGGGGCAACAUGAUUACAGGCUCCAUCCCCUCGCAACUUAGCACCCUCUCUCUUCUCUACCGCCUAUCGCUCCAGAGCAACGCCCUCACGGGGCCCAUUCCCUCCACCCUCGCCCUCCCAGCCCUCAGACACCUCGCUUUGGACAACAACGCACUCUCCGGCUCCCUGCCAUCAACCCUUGGGGACCUCACCUCCCUCGCGUACUUCUCAGCGAGCAACAACCGCCUCUCAUCGUCCCUCCCCGCGUCCAUCUCUGCUCUCAUUCUCCUUCAACACUUAGAUCUCUCCCGCAACCUUUUCUCGGGCUCUAUCCCUGCUGCCCUCUCUGCUCUGCAAGACCUCACCACACUGCUACUCAACGCCAACUCCUUCCAAGGGCCCAUCCCAUCCGCCCUCUCCUCCCUUGUCUCUCUCUACGAAAUAGACCUCUCGGCCAAUCAGCUGUCGGGAAAUCUUCCUCCCAUCUUCACCAACGCCAUGCCUGACGUCAGCAUUAUACGAUUGAGUCAGAAUCAGCUCCUCGGCCUCUUACCAGCGUCGCUAGCGACCUGCUCCCAACUGAACACUCUUGACGUCUCUUCGAAUGCCUUCACUGGUGCGCCCGCCACCAUUAUCAACCGCCUUUCCUCGCUCGUUGACCUCAACCUAUCGCGCAACUACUUCACGGGUCUCCUCCCAUCACUCCCCUCCUCUGCCGCCCUCUUCUCUCUCGACCUCUCCUCCAACUUCUUUUUCGGUCCCGCCAUUCCCCUUGACGCCUCUGGCGCCCCCAUCUGCCCCUUGCUCUCCCUCACCGUCCACACCGCCUAUAAUUGCCUUACGGUUUUUCUUGGACACAAGGAGCGGGCAGAGAUGUUUGGGCGUGAGGACGAGGAGAAGAGGAAAACAGGUCAUGCUCAUGCCACUUUUGAGGCGCCUCAAAAGGAGAAGAGGAAAACAGGUCAUGCUCAUGCCACCAGUGCUGCUGACCUAAAAGCUACUCCUUACCAGCUGCUCGCCUCUACGCCAUCCCAUGAAGCCCUUGCGAGAGCAGCCUUUGCUGGACACAAGGAGCGUGCAGAGAUGGUAGGGCGUGCGGAGGAGAAGAGGGAACGGCAGCCAGGGUCUAGUGCUGAGGCCACCACCGCUCAUCUGAUAGCUACUGUUGAGGCGCCUCAACAGCAGCAACAGCAUGCUCAUGCCACCACCACUGCUCACCUUGACGCUUCCUCUCCUCGUGCCCACUCCUUCUUGCCAUCGUAUGAAGAACAGUUACGAGCCGCGUUUCUCGGGCACAGGGAGAGAGCGGAGAUGCUAUGGCGUGAGGAGAAGGAGCAGCAGAAGCAGCAGGCAGCACCUUCGGAGGCGCAUGAGGGGGAGAUGAUGACUUCUGGUGCUGCUGCUGAUUUUGAGUCGACUCAAAAGGAGGAGCAGCAUAAGCGACGACAGGCAGCACCUUUAGAGGCACAUGAGGAGGAGAUGAGGACUUCUGGUGCUGCCGCUGCUGACCGUCUCGCCUCACAAGAAGACGAAGGGAGGCUAGACUUCCCAGGGCACAGGGAGAGGGCGGAGAUUCUGGGGCGGGGAGGGGAGCAGCAGCGGGGGCAGCAGGUAGUACGAGCUGAGGCGUAUCAGGGGGAGGUGGCAUCUGGUGGCGGCCUUGACCAUGCGGCCACCCGUGAAGAUGAGAACAGGGCUGCUUUUCCAGGGCACCGGGAGAGAGCAGAGAUGCUGGAACGUGAGGAGGAGGAGCAGCAGAAGCGACAAGCAACACAUGCUCAAGUGUCCAAAGAGGAGGCCUAUGGUGCUGUGCUCAGCCGUGUGGCAUCCCGUGCAGAGGAAAGUAGGGCAGCAGAGGCUGGACACAUGGGCUUCUCGGGGCACAGGGAGAGAGCGGAGAUGGUAGGGCGUGAGGAGAAGGAGCAGGAGGAGGAGCAACACGCAGUGCUGUCGGUACCAGAGUCUACUUUCGAUGUGCCUCAAGAGGUACCAGGGGAGCAGGGCUCUGGUGCUGCGCUCGAUCAUGUGGCAUCGCAUGAAGGGGGAAGGGGAGAAGGAGCAGGGUUUCGUGGAGAGAACAGCGACGGAUUUCACGCGCAUGGCCAUGCCCGUGCUUCGCAUGUGUCGCAUGCGCAUGUGCAAGUGGCAUCCCAGGAAGGUGAAACGAGGGCGGCCGUUUUGAAACGUCUACACGAGCACACCCACGCUUCGCAUGCAUCUCAUGUGCUGUCCUCUGAGGGCGAAGAGAGGGCAGCGUCAUUCGAACACCUCCAUGCCCACGUGGAGAGGGAUUCGCACGCGCAUGCAAAUGCACAUGCGUAUGCGCCGCACGUGGCGGCGUCUCAUGAUGGCCCAGAGAGAGCAGCCUUUUCGUCGGGGCAUCUCCACGCUCGCGUGGAGAGGAAUUCACAUGCGCAUGCGUCCCACGUGCCAGUGGCGUUGCAUGAAGGUACGGAGAGAUCAGCCUUUUCUUCCGGUCAUCUCCACGCCCACGCGCCAUCUGAUGAAGGCCACGCACUGCUGGAAGCAGGGCAGAGAGAGAAGGCGGAGGCGGAGACUGUGGGGCAUGCACAUCGCCCUUCUCACCACCUGCCCACUUUUGAGUCGACUCAAAAGUCAGCACAUCGCUCCGCUCACCACCUGCCCACGCACGCCCCUGUGUCUCAUGCGCAUGUGGUGCCUCACCCGUCGCACGUGCAUGUGUCGUCCCAUCACAGUUACACACUGCUGCCGUCUCGGCACAGAGAGAGGGCGGAGGAGGAGGCAGUGGGGCACAGGAGACGGCGGAAACAAGAGCAUGUCACUUCUGAGGAGGCCGCUUCUGAAGCAGUUCAGGCGCCCUCUGCUGCUGCGCUCGCCCAUCCAGCUUCCCUUGCAGAUGAACAGGAGGAUGCAAGCCCACCGCCACCCCCCCAGCCACCUUCGCCACCCUCCCCUCCUUCUCCUCCACCAUCCCCACCCUUCCCUCCUCCUUCCCCACCCUCCCCACCCUCCCCACCCUCCCCACCCUCCUCACCUUCCCCUCAUCCCCCAACCCUCCCCCCUCCAACGCCUCCGACUCCUUCCCCUCCACCUUUCCCCCCUCUCUCUCCACCUCCUUUCUCUCCUCCUCCUCUCUCACCCCCCCCACCAUCCCCGCCCUCCCUCCCCUCCACCACACCCAACCACCCUUUAACUCCUCCAUCUCAUACCUCCCACUCACCUCCCCCUCCCCCCUCCCUUUCCGGAGCAACAACUGAAUCAACUCCUCCCUUCCCCCUCCCUCCCUUCCCCGCAUCUCCUCCCCUCUCUGCCCCACCUCCCCUCUCUGCCUCAUCUCCCCUCUCCUCUCCCCUGUCACCGUCUCUAUCACUCCCACCCUCCCCUCCCAACACUCCCAAUGCACCACCCGCCCUCGCACCUAUCUCAUCCCCCUCCGUUACCCCUAACUCGCCACCCUCCCUCGCUCCUAUCUCACCACAAUCCCCUCCUUCUCCUCCUCUCCCUCCUCCCUCCCCCCUGAAGCAGCCACUCCUCCUCUCUUCCCCCCUCCCUCCCCCCCAUCACCCCCUCUUUCUGCCUCACUCUCUCAGUCUCCUCCCAUCCCCCCAUCACUAUCACCCCUACCUUCCCCCACCAACGCCCCAGACACACCACACUCCCUUCCUCCUCUCUCUCCCCCGUCACCUCCUGAAUCAACAACGCCUCCAACUCCCCCACCUCCCUUCCCCCCAUCACCUCCCCUUUCUGACUCACCUCCCCUGUUCCCUCCCCCACCACGCUCACCAUCACCAUCACCCCCACCCCCACCUCCACCCCACCUUCCCAACUCUCCCGAUACACCACCCUCUCUUCCUCCUCUCCCUCCCCCCUCCCCUCCUGAAGCAACUCCUGCGAUUCCCUCCCCCACCUCCUCCCCAUCACCCCCUCUUUCUACCUCGUUUUUCAUGUCCCCUCUCACCGAAUCACCUCCUCCCUAUCCUCCUCCCUCCCCACCCGAUUCCCCACCCUCCCCCCCUCCUUUUCCUCCUCCCUCCCCACCUGAUCCCCCACCCUCCCCACCUCCCCUUCCUCCCCCCUCCCCACCCGAUUCACCACCCUCCCCCCCUCCCCUUCCUCCUCCAUCCCCUCCCCAACCACCACCCUCUCCUCCUCCUUUGCCACCUCCCUCCCCUCCCCAACCACCACCCUCCCCUCCUCCUUUCCCUCCUCCCUCCCCUCCCCAACCACCACCCUCCCCUCCUCCUUCCCUCCUCCCUCCCCUCCCCAACCACCACCCUCUCCGCCUCCCCCUCCUCCCUCCUCGCCUCCCCCUCCUCCCUCCCCGCCUCCUCCUCUUGCUACACCUGUAAUGCUCACACGAUGGGAAUGCUUCUACCAAAACCGAGAUACUGGGUGUUCCUGUAG